AUGCAGCACUCGCAGAAUCACCGGGCCGCCAGAGAGGACGACAAGACCGACGGUCACCGCAAGCGCAAGCUCCACUCCCGCCCGAGCAGCAAUCCAGCCGACCUCCAGCGGCCCGGCCACGACGACAGCGGCAGCGCCAGCCCCACCGCCAAGCAGCAGACGACCAUCUCCGAGCUGUUCCAGCAGAAGCCGGCGUCGGCGAGAGCAGCCAACCUGCCGCCGUCCAAGGGCAAUAAGCGCAUCAAGCCCAAUCCCGCCGCCGGCUCCGACGCUUCGUCGCCACCCCGCUCCAUCGAUUCGCCGCGCUCGACGACGUCAGCGUCGCAGCUGACGGCCGCGCACCUGCCGGCCGAGAAGAUGUACAGCUUCCCGAGCAAGAAGCAGAACGGCGGCACCGGCGGAAACAAUGUCAUCGACCUGACGGGCAAGACGCCCAGCCCGUCGCCGUCGCCCGCCCGCAACAACGGGCCCAUCGCGUCGUCGGCGCGCAACGCGUCGGCGCACCGCCCCAACUUCAACCCCAACACCGGCGCCAAGCAGCUCGUCGUCAAGAACCUGCGCAAGACGCCGCGCACCGACCCCAAGGAAUACUUCAACCAGGUGUGGGGCUGGCUGGACGAGGCGCUGGCCAAGAUCUUCGCUGGCGGCGAGAUCGACUUCUCGCUCGAGACGCUGUAUCGUGGGGUGGAGAAUGUCUGCAGGCAGGGUCAUGCAGCAGAGCUGGCGGCGAGGCUGCAGAAGCGCAGCGAGCUCUAUGUGGACACGGGCUUGAAGAAGGGGCUGUUGGAGCAGGCCGAGAAGCCGAAUGUGGACCUCUUGAGGGCGGUGCUGGGCGCGUGGCGGACGUGGACCGCGAAUCAGAAACCGAUUCGUUGGAUUUUCUGCUAUCUCGAUCGCUCGUUCCUGCUACAGCAAGGCAGGACGCUGCAGGAUCAAGCGUUCACCCUUUUCCGCACAAUUGUCUGCGAGGAUGCGACAUUGAAGCCGAAGCUCGUGGCAGGAGCUUGCGAUCUAGUGCAGGCCGACAGAAACGGUGAGGAACUGGACAAGGAGACUUUCCGGGAUGCCAUUGCUAUGUGCCAUGACCUUACGAUCUACACGAGUUUCUUCGAGCCGAAACUGCUGGAGCUGUCGCAGCAGUUUGUUGCGGACUGGGCCGAACAGGCAAGUCAGGACAAGGGUCUUGCGGACUACGUACAGAGCGCCGUGCAGCUCAUGGAGAAGGAGAUGGAGCGUUGUGAGCACUUCAACUUGGACUCAACAACACGGCGCGAUCUUCUUGCCCUGCUGGAAGACCACCUCGUACAUCGUCAGGAAGCCAGGUUGACCAACCAAGAUGAAGUUGCGGACCUUCUGGAUGAGAACAGUGUCAGCGAUCUCGAGCAGCUGUACAAGCUUCUUGAGCGGAGGCGCCUUGGUGCUAAGCUUCGGCCAGCAUUUGAGAAGUGGAUCGAUCUCACUGGUACCGCGAUCGUGUUUGACGAUAAAGAGCAGGAAAAUAUGGUCGUGAAGCUUCUUACCUUGAAGAAACAGCUGGAUACCAUCUGGAGAGUAUCGUUCCAUCGCAACUCUGAUCUCGGCCACGGUCUGCGUGAAGCAUUUGAGGCCUUCAUCAACAAAUCUAAGAAGACAACCGCAACGUGGAACACGGACAACUCCAAGCCUGGUGAGAUGAUUGCAAAGUACGUCGACAUGCUUCUUCGUGGUGGCGCGAAGGCUAUCCCGGCACAGCUGUCUUCGGUGAAGGCUGAAGCAGAGCGUGACGAGAACGAAGAUGCUACGUUCGACGAGGAUACGGAGAUCAACAAUCAGCUAGACCAGGUUUUGGACUUGUUCCGUUUCGUACACGGUAAGGCGGUGUUCGAAGCGUUUUACAAGAAGGAUUUAGCCCGUCGUCUACUUAUGGGCCGUAGUGCGAGUGCAGAUGCUGAACGUAGCAUGCUGGCAAGGCUCAAGACUGAAUGUGGUGCAGGUUUCACACAAAAUCUUGAGCAGAUGUUCAAAGAUAUCGAACUCUCACGUGAGGAGAUGGCAAGCUACAAGUCUUUGCUUGAGGAGCGCGGAGACAAAGCUCCAGUUGACCUAUCCGUCAGCAUUCUGUCCGCGUCCGCCUGGCCGACUUACCCCGACAUUCCUGUCAUCAUCCCGCCUGAAAUUCAGCAGAGCCUUGACAAGUUCACAACGCAUUAUAAGAGCAAGCACAGUGGACGCAAGCUUGACUGGAAGCACGCUCUCGCGCACUGCCAGAUCAAAGCCAGCUUCCCGAAGGGCAACAAGGAGCUUGUGGUCUCAUCCUUCCAGGCCAUCGUGCUCGUCCUUUUCAACACCGUCAAGACGGGCGAGCACCUCAGUUACGAAUUCCUCAAGACCGAAACGGGUCUGCCGGAGCCGGAGCUCAAGCGCACACUUCAAUCGCUCGCAUGCGCGAAGCUGCGCCCGCUCACCAAACAUCCGAAGGGCCGCGACAUCAACUCGACGGACACGUUUACGUAUAACGCGGCGUUCCACCACGAAAAGUACCGGUUGAAGGUCAACCAGGUGCAGCUGAAGGAGACGAAAGAGGAGAACAAGGAGACGCACGAGCGGGUGGCGGCAGACCGCAACUUCGAGACUCAGGCGGCCAUUGUGCGCAUCAUGAAGAGCAGGAAGCGGAUUGGUCACGCGGAGCUCGUGGCGGAGGUGAUCAACGCGACGAAGAAGAGGGGCGUGUUGAGUGUGCAGGAUAUCAAGAAGAAUAUCGACAGGUUGGUCGAUAAGGAUUACAUGGAGCGCGAGGAGAACAAUGAGUACAGCUACAUUGCGUAA